AUGCCUCUCUCAAGCCACGUCAACCCAGAGGACAUUGUCCAACGGCUCCAAGCAACCCACAUCACACCUGCUGGACACACUAACCUCCUCAACAAUGCCACUUCAGCACACAUCCAGCCAUAUGACAGUCGCUACACCAGCCAAACAAACAUCCCCAAGUACAAGAUUCCAGACGAGGGUGCCCCGGGAGACACCGUUUUUCAGAUGAUCAGGGAUGAAUUGGAUCUUGACGGAAAGCCCAACCUUAACCUGGCGAGUUUCGUCGGUACCUGGAUGGAGCCCAACGCCACCCAGCUCAUGCAGGAGAAUCUGUCCAAGAACCUUUCCGAUGCAGAUGAGUACCCUGCCAUGAUGGACAUGCAUCAGCGCUGCAUCAGCAUCAUCUCGCACCUGUGGGGCGUCCAGCCCGGCGAAAAAGCUAUCGGUUCUGCAACCACCGGUUCGUCAGAGGCCAUCCACCUCGGCGGUCUCGCCAUGAAGCGGAGAUGGCAGAUCAAGCGCAAGGAGCAGGGCAAGGACUCAUCGAAGCCCAACAUUCUCAUGGGCUCCAACGCGCAGGUUGCGUUGGAAAAGUUCGCUCGCUACUUUGACGUCGAGGCGCGCAUCUUGCCCGUCAGCAAGAAGAGCCACUACCGUCUGGAUCCCGACCUUGUGAGAGAGAACGUUGACGAGAACACCAUUGGCGUCUUCGUCAUCCUUGGCAGCACUUACACGGGCCACUACGAGCCCGUUGAGGAGAUUUCCCAGAUCCUCGACAAGUACCAGGAGGAGACUGGCAUCGAUAUCCCCAUCCACGUCGACGCUGCGUCUGGCGGCUUCAUUGCCCCUUUCACCCACGCAGGCGUUGGCGGAUCCAAGUGGAACUUCGAGCUCCCUCGUGUCAAGUCAAUCAACGUCUCUGGCCACAAGUACGGCCUUGUCUACGCCGGUCUUGGCUGGAUCAUUUGGCGCGACCAGUCCUUCUUGCCAGAGGACCUCAUCUUCGAGCUGCAUUACCUAGGCGGCACCGAAAAGUCCUUCACUUUAAACUUCUCCCGCCCGGGCGCCCAAGUCAUUGUCCAGUACUACAAUCUUAUUCACCUAGGCUUUGACGGCUAUCGUUCUAUCAUGGAGAACUGUCUCUCCAACGCUCGCCUUCUUGCCGAGAGCCUCGAAGCCACGGGUUGGUACACUGUCGUAUCCGACAUUCACCGCCGUGCCCCUCAAAAGGCUACUAGCGGUGCCGUGAAGUCUGUCGUCAAUCAGGCGGCUAGCACCGUCGGAGGCGAAAACGUUGCGCCGGGAGAGACGUCUGCUGACUACGUCGCCGGGCUCCCUGUCGUCUCUUUCCGCCUGACGGACGAGUUCAAGCAGAAGUACGGGCACAUCAAGCAGGAGACCAUCUCCCUCAUGCUUCGUGCCCGCGGCUGGAUCAUUCCCAACUACCCGCUCCCGCCUAACGAGGAGAAGAUUGAGAUUCUUCGAGUGGUGGUCCGCGAGACCAUGACCUUUGACCUGCUCGAGCACCUGGUCACGGACAUCGCCGACGUUACGGAGACGCUCAUCGGGAACGAUGAGAUCGAUCUGCAAGUUCUGAGGAAGCACCACAGCCGCAAACGGGUGCGCGUCAAGGGUGACGAGGAGAAACACAAGAAGAACGAGGGUGCUGAGGGCGCAAGCAAGGAGGUCAGGUCGAUGAAGGACGGUAUCCACCGUGCCGUGUGUUAA